AGUGCUUUCCUAGACAAUUUUUCUAAUUCCUUCUUUAUUCACGCCUUACAUUUAAAUGGACAAAAAAACCGAUAAUAGGCGCCGCAUGGACAACAAAGAUAUGCCACACAAUAUGAGCAAACGCGAUAUGAUACGUGCAGCAGAUUUCAAUUUCAUCAAAGUACUUGGCGAGGGUUCGUUCGGUAAAGUGCUGCAGGCCGAGCGCCGUGGUACCGAUGAGCUGUAUGCGGUGAAAGUGCUGCGCAAGGAUGUCAUCAUACAGACCGACGACUUGGAAUUGCCCAUGACUGAGAAGCAGGUGUUGGCGUUGUCGGGCAAGCCGCCAUUUUUGGUCUCAUUACACUCGUGCUUUCAGACUAUGGAUCGUCUAUUCUUUGUCAUGGAGUACUGCAAAGGCGGUGAUCUUAUGUACCACAUGCAGGUCUAUGGACGUUUCAAAGAAUCAGUGGCGGUGAACAUAAAUGUUUCUGCUUUACAGUUCCUUGCCAAAAAGCCCAAUAAUCGCUUAGGUGCUGGCCGCUACGCUCGUUCUGAAAUUACCACAAAUCCUUUCUUCAGGAAUAUAGAUUGGGACAAGGUUGAAGCGAAGGAAAUGGAGCCGCCUAUUGUACCGAAAAUUAAACAUCGCAAGGAUAUCUCGAACUUCGAUAAAGCUUUCAUUGGCGAAAAAACAGAUUUGACACCAACCGAUAAAUUAUUCAUGAUGAAUUUGGAUCAGAGUGACUUCAUAGGCUUCUCCUAUAUGAAUCCGGAGUUUAUCACUAUUAUCUAAAUUGCAUAUAAAAUGCUCAAAGUACUAAAUUUAGAGAACUCUGUAAUAUGAAAUACAAAAAUAUAUUGGAAAAAUUAGCAGAAAAAGCAGAAAAAAGUUCACUGUAUUAAUAAUACUUCCCAGCAAAACCUGCGUGACCGAAACUCUAAUACAAUUACACUUUUUUGUAUGUUAAAAACACAUAUGCACUCGUAUUUGU